ACAAUGACGGAGCAGCAAAGUCCCCCCGAGCAGAUGGCGACUGGGGAGGGUGCUGGUGAGCAAGGUGGCAAUUACAAGAUCACGAUCUACGAGCUGGAGAACUUCCAGGGGAAGAAAUGUGAGCUGACGGAGGAGCUUCCCAACAUCAUUGAGAAAGACUUGGAGAAGGUGGGCUCCAUCCAGGUGGAGGCUGGCCCGUGGCUGGGCUUUGAGCGGCAAGGCUUUGCCGGGGAGCAGUUUGUGCUGGAGAAGGGGGACUACCCUCGCUGGGACUCCUGGUCCAACAGCCACAACAGUGACAGCCUGAUGUCCAUCCGCCCCCUCCAGAUCGACAGCCCUGACCACAAGAUCCACCUCUUUGAGAAUGCAGGCUACACAGGAAGGAAGAUGGAGAUCGUGGAUGAUGAUGUCCCCAGCCUCUGGGCCCACGGCUUCCAGGACCGCGUGGCCAGCGUCAGGGCCUUGAACGGAACGUGGGUGGGCUACGAGUACCCCGGGUACCGGGGCCGUCAGCACGUCUUCGAGAAGGGCGAGUACCGCCACUGGAACGAGUGGGAUGCCAACCAGCCCCUCAUCCAGUCCGUGCGCCGCGUGCGGGACCAGCAAUGGCACCAGCGGGGCUGCUUCGAGAACAGCUGAGGGGUGCCCCAGCCCCACGCUGCCCCGGGGGCUGCCUGACACGAUGCCACCGGCUGACGCUGUGACCUUGGUGUUUAUUUUGUGCAAAAAACUUCAAUAAACUCUGAGCU